UCACUCUCUACACCGGCGCGUGAUCAUCCCCGUCUCUUAUAUAGCGUCUGCAUUUCUCUAUCUAUCUAGAUUUUAAUGACCAUGACUUGUUCGUCGAGGCAACACCUUGACCACACCUCCGCCGAGACUGCAAUUUUCUAUAAUAUAUUAUUCAAAUAAUCUUCAUAUUAAAAUCACAAAGCAGCAACUGAAGAUAGAAUUUGCCACUGUCCACGUUAGCAUCUGAUUUCUGGUAUGGCGGAGCUGGCUCAGGGGGCUGACGUGAGGAGUAUAGCAGCAUGGAGGUGGCUGGUUAACUGGGUCGCUUUCUUCUUUCAGAUCUUUAUUCAGAUCCUUAGAGGAACCCCUUCUCUUAGUCAGCUACUUUCCUAUGUAGGCUUCCGUAAUACAUCUUUCCUCUCUUCCACCCCGCAAUUCAAGCCGCUGCCUAUUGUUGAGCUGCCUGAAGAGGCGCCGCCACCGCCACAGCAGCCAUCACUCACUGUGAACGCCGACCAACAUAUACCAAGACUUACGGUGGUUCUUGACUUGGAUGAAACUUUAGUUUGUGCAUUAGAGACAUCAAGUUUGCCCAAUAUCGUAUGCACCCAGGCUACAGAAGCUGGAUUGAAGUGGUUUGAGCUUGAGUGCAUAUCUUCAGACAAGGAAUGCGAAGGCAAACCUAAGAUUAAUUAUGUCACAGUUUUUGAACGUCCUGGAUUGCACGAGUUUCUAAAAGAACUCAGUGAAUUUGCCGAUCUUGUCUUGUUUACUGCUGGGCUUGAAGGCUAUGCAAGACCGCUUGUUGACAAAAUUGAUCCCGGAAAUCGGUUUAGCUUGAGACUUUAUCGGCCUUCAACAAUUAGCACGGAAUACCGGGAACAUGUGAAGGAUUUAUCUUGCAUUUCAAAGGAUCUAAGCCGAAUCGUCAUUGUUGAUAACAAUCCAUUCAGUUUCUUGUUACAGCCUCUAAAUGGAAUUCCAUGCAUUCCGUUUUCUGCUGGACAACCUCAUGAUAUACAGCUUUUGGAGGUAAUCCUUCCACUUCUCAAGCAUCUCUCCAAGCAAAAAGAUGUGCGGCCUGUGCUCUACGAUAGAUUUCACAUGCCUGAAUGGUUUCAAAAGCAUGGAAUCCCUGCUUCUGCAUUGUGAAAUUGUUGCUAAUUCCUGGAGCAAUCAAUCCUGUAAUUUGUUCUGAGAGGGAAGUACCUCUUCACCCGAAGAACAAUUUUUGUAUAGCUAAUUUUCUGCAGAGGAGCAGCCAUCGGGGAAGUUCCAAGUUUCUCAAGUCUGAUCAGAAUGUUCUCCCUACGUCCACAACAUUCUCAUUGUGUAACUUGUUCAUAGCUUCCCGGACAAUGCUAGUGUUUGUGCAAUUGUCGUUGUAAACAGUCAUCGCCAAUAAUUAUUCCCUUCUCAAUGUAAAGGUUUGAUCGUUGGAUUCUCUCUCUUCAGGAAUUGUGGUGUUCGUUUUUCAAA